AUGGCUCAAGGCAGCCCGCGCAGCUCACUGGCAAGCGAUUUCGGCAGUCCGGAGCCAUUGAUAAUCCCGACGCCCGGUGCCAUUGCUCGCAGAGCGGCACUGGCACGCAGCAAAGAGCCAACGCCCGGACGCGCGCUCACAAAGUCUGAACGACGACGGCAUCGCAAGCAGCAUGGUCGAAAUGACUCUGAACUACCUGCCUCUGCAUUUGUCCUCCCUGCGUCUUUACCGGCAGGAUUCAACCCCAACAAGACACCAAAGCGUGUCGACAGCGCACAGUCUGCCCCCGUUAAGACACCACUGACACAGCUAGAGACCGAUGGAGAUAUACCAUCAACCGCAAAGCGCCUCUCUGGCGUACCAUCACGUCUUGCUCGCGCCAUGGCCGACUAUUCCUUCGUGAGUACUCCCGGCAGGUCACUUCUGAGCUUUGCGAGAGAGUCCUUCGGUGCGGCAUCAGCACAGAAAAGAGACAACCGCACAGAGCAGGAUGAAGUCAGGGCAAGGCGCGUCUCGUUCAGCCCGAGAGUCUCUGUUUCUUUCGACUAUGACCGCUCAGCACUUGCAGCGCCUGCGAGUGACGGUCUUGCAUCUUCACAAGCAGGCUCGAGAUCGCUCGUCCGAUCCCCCAGCGAGCCUUUGAGAUCUGCACUUUCGAGAAAGGCAACUCAGCCUGGUCCCUCCGACAGCUUGUUCCUCUCACAAGUGCGCCCGCGCGCUGGACCUUCGACCGAGCUAGCAAGCCCGCGCUUUAGUCCUAUCGCCUCACAAGCCUCUCCUGCAAGCACAAUCAUGGCGCCCGACGACAGUCGUGCCGGUCGGCCGUUUGUGGACGAAUAUGCAAUAGACGACAAUGAGUAUGGCCAGGGGGGAAACGAUUCGCAGCGCACGAGCUUCUGGUCGAGCAACGGCAAUGCUGGCCGAAGAAGUCUGGACAAGGAUAGAAGACCAAGCCUACCACGCAUCGCCGCGCCUCGCUUCAGUCCUUCUCCGCCUUCUUCGCCCGUGCCUCUACGCGAUGACACGAUGAAGACCUUGACAAUUGCGAGGAAAGUCAAGAAGAGCUUGCGGGAGAAUGGCAGGAAAAGAGACAAGCCGAAGCAGGCCAAGAAGCGCGAAAUCGAACUGCUUGCGACGUUGCCCUCUGAUGACGAUGCUGAGCGAACAGUCAUCCAUGGCAAACGAAGGCGGAUCGAUCCAAUGGAUAUCAUCCAGACUGUCGUUCAAGAUGCCAAGCAGUCACAAUCGAUCGAGAUGCAGGACUAUCUCGACCAUUUUCUCGAUUGUCUCGAGCCAGAGAUUGCCGCCCAGAUGUUUGCCGGCGCAGACGAACGUCCUGCCAACUUGCGUGAUCUGCGACAGCUUGCAAAUGACGUGAUGAAGGUCAAGAAGGAGCGACACAGAGUCAGGAGCAAGCUCCAUGCAGACGACCGCGCCUGGCAACAGUCGCGUGAGCGCAUAGCUGUACUCAGGCAUGCGCACGAGCUCUACUCGGCCGUCACAUCCUCUGAGCGAUUUCCGAUCGUCAAAGCGAACGAUCCAGAUGAUGAGGACGCGAUACUCAAUACAACCAAGAGGCUGCUCAUUCGGCUGUCUACAUCUGACGGGGCAGUGUAA